GUUUCCCCUGAGACUCGUGGUGGUCCUCGUCCCUCUGCUGCUCCUCUUCAGUCUGUGUGUGUUCGGUCCGGCCGGUCUGCAGUCUGUUCUUCCGGAGUGGAGGACGGCGGUCUCUGACGUCUCCGGUCUGUCCUCCGUCUACGGCUUGCUGUCCUCGCAGAGCCAGGCGGCGGCGGCCGACACUGAGGAGUCGGGGGAGGGGGGGGUGCAGCCCUACGUGGAGCCGGUCUACAGUCAUCCCCCAGCAGAAGAGGAGGCGGCGCUGGAGGAGGCGGUGGCGCCAGACGAGACGGCGCGGCUCGGCCGUCUGGAGCAGAGUCUGACGGAGCUGUGGGACCACGUGGAGGCCGGAGGGCAUCGGGCGGAGCAGAGACACACUGAGCUGCUCCACCUGUACACAGAACUCCGGCUGGGGCAACAGCUGGGGCAACAGCUGGUCUCUGAUCAGAGCCACGCCGGAGACGCCGUGCAGCCCUGGCUGAACAAACAGCUGGAGCAACAGCUGGAGCAACAGCUGGAGCAGCUCCAAAGGCGACUGGAUGAGGACAGACAGCAGACAGAACAGUCCCGGCAGCAGGACGUGUUGCAGCAGCAGAGUCAAACAGCUCGCCUGGAUCAGCUGGAGCUGCAGCUGCAGAAACUGGUCACGAGGACAGAGGAGAUGCAGCGGAGACGAGACGCUGCUUCAACAGUCUCACCUUUACCAACAACACUUCCUGCUGCCAUCAGUGGUGGCGUGGACCGCCACUCCCAUGAUGCAUUGCUGGCGGAGGUUGCCCGGUUGGAGGCGACGCUGGAGAGCGUCAGACGGGAGGUUGGAGAUGUGUCCGGGUGUCGAGACGUCUGCAGAGGACUGGACGCCCUCCAACAGACGAUUUCAGAGCAGGUCUCCGCUCAAGUCCGUGAGGAAGUUCGCGUUCUGGUCCACGGCAACCAGCUGACGGCGGCUGGCGGGGGGGGCCUCCAGGAGGCGGGGGGGCAGCGGUACGUCAGCGAGGAAGACCUGCAGGGGGCGCUGUCCUCGCUGGAGCUCAGAAUCCUGCACCACAUCAGCCUGCAGCUGGAGGAGAAGCAGCGCGGAGAGGGGACCGGAGGCCAGACAGACCCCCAGGACACCACCGGGGGGGAUGGGGACUCCGUCACCCGGGAGGACGUCCAGGUGAUGGUGAAGGACGCUCUGCGUCUCUUCUCUCAGGACCGGACCGGCAUGGCGGACUACGCUCUGGAGUCUGGAGGGGGCAGCGUCCUCAGCACUCGCUGCUCGGAGACGUUUGAGACGAAGGCCGCUCUGCUGAGUCUGUUUGGACUUCCUCUCUGGUACUUCUCUCAGUCUCCUCGCGCCGUCAUCCAGCCCGACGUCCACCCGGGGAACUGCUGGGCCUUCAGAGGCUCCUCGGGCGUCCUGGUGAUCCGUCUCUCCAUGAGGAUCGUCCCCACCGCCGUGUCCCUGGAACACAUCCCCAAGAUCCUGACCCCCAGCGGGACGCUGCACAGCGCGCCCCGGGACUUCAACGUCUACGGUCUGGAGGACGAGAGUCAGGAGACGGGGACGCUGUUGGGGACGUUCACGUACGACGAGGACGGAGACGCUCUGCAGACUUACGCCGUCACCGAGGAGACCGACCGAGUCUUCCAGGUCAUCGAGGUCCAGGUCUUGUCUAACUGGGGCCACCAGGACUACACCUGCAUGUACCGCUUCAGGGUGCACGGGACGCCCCGGGACGCCUGAAGGCAGCACGCACGCACACGGACAGCCCCCC